CGUGGUCGGGGUCUCCGCGUACGUGCAUACGUUGCACCCCGCUGACGGGUUUACGGCGCUAUUAGCGCGACUUAACAACACUGCAAUUCUUGUUCAAGAUGCAAAGGACGCGUGAGAAAGCACAUUUUGUGGAACAUUUGUGAGGGCAACGAGCUGAGAGAAAUGCCUCGACGUGGCAGUGGGCGGGACCAACGUCAAGUCGCACCGGGUUCGAAUUAGGCAGCGACAGCCAACAUGGCCGCCUUUGCCCGAAACGAACUUCCCCCCCCAAAACAAACGCAACUCGACUAAUCGCCUUUAGCUGCGUUGGGCGUAAUAAUAUACGAGUGAAGAGUUGUGAUUUUCAAGGUGUGGGAGGCCCCGCCUGCUCCGCCUCGGUCCCGCUACGUGUACCGAGCGGCAGCCUCCCCAGACGCAGAACAACAUGGCCGCCUCCGCGCUGCGGCUUCUGGUGGCCCUCCUGGGCCUGGCUCGGGUCCUGUGCCAGUACGAGAAGUACAGCUUCCGCAGCUUCCCCCGGCACGAACUCAUGCCGCUGGAGUCGGCCUACAAGUACGCGCUGGACCAGUACAGCGGGGAGAAAUGGGCGGACGCGGCGGACUACUUGGAGGUGUCCCUGCGCCUCUACCGGCUGCUGCGGGACAGCGAGGCCUUCUGCAACCUCAACUGCAGCUCGGUGCGCCGGCGAGACGAGAGCAAGUUCGCCGAGUUCCCCGAGCUGCGGGCCUUCGGCAACGUGCUCCAGAGGGCCCGCUGUCUCAAGCGCUGCAAGCAGGGGCUGCCCGCCUUCAGGCAGGCCGUGCCCAGCCGCCAGACCCUGGACGAGUUCGACAGGAGGGAGCCCUACCGCUACCUGCAGUACGCCUGCUUUAAGACCGACAGGUUGGCCAAGGCCGUGUCGGCCGCGCACACCUUCCUGCUCAAGCACCCCAACGACGAGAUGAUGCAGAAGAACAUGGCCUACUACAAGAGCCUGCCGGGGGCCGAGGAGCACAUCAAAGAUCUGGAAACCAAAUCCUAUGAGACUCUGUUUGUUCGCGCUGUGCGAGCGUACAACGGCGAGAACUUCCGCACGUCUGUGUCCGACAUGGAGCUGGCCCUGCGAGACUUCUUCAAGGUCUACGACGAGUGCCUGGCCGCCUCCGAGGGCCCCCGAGACGUCAAGGACUUCAAGGACUUCUACCCCAACAUAGCCGGUCGGUGCACUGUUGAAAAUCGUCUCCGUGCUUUUCUUCCUCCGUCUCCUACACCUGUAGGUGUCCCAAUACUUUUGUCCAAUAACGAUCACUACACGGAGGUGCUGGAGAGAAAAGUGCAGUGUGAGAGCGACCUGACCCCCGUGGUGGGGGGCUUCGUGGUGGACAAGUUUGUGGCCACCAUGUACCAUUACCUGCAGUUUGCCUACUACAAACUGAAGGACCUGAAGAACGCGGUGCCGUGCGCCACCAGCUACUUGCUCUUCGACCCCGUCGACGAGGUGAUGAACAACAACGUGGUCUACUACAAGUUCCACAAGGACAAGUGGGAGCUCGCCGACGAAGACUUCCUACCCCGGCCGGAGGCGGUGCGCUACUACAAUCAGACCAGCAUGCAGAUGGAGAUGUUGGACUUCUCCAGGAAGCAUCUGGCCUGUGACGACGAGGGUGAAGUGGUGGAGUUCAUAGAUGAGUUUCUGGAUUAUCAACAUAAACCCUGAAACAAACACAAACCAGCGUAUAUUUAUUGAACUUUGUUGUUACAAAAGAACAUUUGCAUUCCUCAUUUGAUUUUACAGUCGGGGCAUGGCGGGGGGGGGGAUGAAAUAUUUGUACUCGCUGUUUCAUAAAUCAAUGUGUCCGCUGUGAAUUGUUUUACAAUAAAAGACGUUUGCCAAAACAUCA